UUUCAUAUUCUAUAUUCUCAAAUGAGCCAAGUUAACAAAGACACUGAAAACGUCGCUGUUCCUGCUGACAACGUCGAUGUUGUCGAAGCUCCUGUCACAUGGAGAACCUAUGCUAUGUGUAUUUUCGCCUCAUUUGGUGGUAUCUUCUUCGGUUACGACUCUGGUUACAUUGGUGGCGUCCAGGGUAUGCAAUACUUCAUCCACAUGAUUGACGGCCCUGAUGCUGUUUCCCUCCAAUCUUGGGAAUCUUCCCUCAUUGUCUCCAUUCUUUCGGCUGGUACCUUUUUCGGAGCUCUCAUUGCUGGUGAUCUUGCUGAUUGGUUUGGUCGUCGCACUACUAUCAUCGCUGGUUGCAUCGUCUUCAUCAUUGGUGUUAUCCUCCAGACUGCCUCCGCUGGUCUCGGUCUUCUUGUCGCUGGUCGUGAUCUUGCUGAUUGGUUCGGUCGUCGUUUGACUAUUAUUCUUGGUUGCGGUGUCUUCAUCGUUGGUGUUAUCCUCCAGACUGCCUCCGCUGGUCUCGGUCUUCUUGUCGCUGGUCGUUUGAUUGCUGGUUUCGGUGUUGGUUUCGUCUCUGCUAUCAUCGUUUUGUACAUGUCUGAAAUUGCCCCCAAGGCUUUCCGUGGUGCCAUCGUCUCCGGUUACCAAUUCUGCGUUACCAUCGGUCUUAUGUUGGCUGCUUGCGUUACCUACGCUACCGAGACUUUCACUGACUCUUCCUCUUACCGUAUCCCAAUUGCUCUCCAAAUGUUGUGGGCUCUCAUUCUCGGUGUUGGUCUUUUCUUCCUUCCUGAAUCUCCCCGUUUCUUCGUCAAGAAGGGAAAGAUUGAUGAAGCUCGUGUCGCUUUGGGCCGUGUUCGUGGUCAACCCUCUGACUCUGAGUACAUCAAUGCUGAAUUGUCUGAAAUUGUUGCUAACGCUGAGUAUGAACGUCGUGUCAUUCCCAACACUGGUUACUUUGGUUCAUGGGCUGCUUGCUUCAGCGGUUCCCUCUUCAAGGCCAACUCCAACGUCCGCAAAGUCAUUCUCGGUACUUCCAUUCAAAUGAUGCAACAAUGGACUGGUGUCAACUUCGUCUUUUACUACUCCACUCCUUUCCUUCAAUCCACUGGUGCCAUUAGCAACGUUUUCUUGAUCUCUCUUAUCUUCACUCUCGUCAACGUCUGCAGUACUCCUAUCUCUUUCUGGCUCGUCGAACGUUUCGGUCGUCGUUCUAUGCUCAUCUGGGGUGCCAUUGGUAUGACCAUCUGUGAAUUCCUCGUCGGUAUCAUCGGUGUCACCAUCGGUUUCGACAAGACCUACGUUAACGCUGCCGGUGCUUCCGUUCCCGUCAACAUCUCUGCCGUCAAUGCUCAGAUUGCUUUCAUUGCCAUCUAUAUCUUCUGCUUCGCUACCACCUGGGGUCCCGCCGCUUGGGUUGUCAUUGGUGAAAUCUUCCCUCUUCCCAUCCGUUCCCGUGGUGUUGCUCUCUCCACUGCCUCCAACUGGUUGUGGAACUGCAUCAUUGCUGUCAUCACUCCUUACUUGGUCGGUGCCGACAAGGCUAACUUGCAAUCCAAGAUCUUCUUCAUGUGGGGAUCCCUUUGCCUCUGCUGCUUGGUCUACUCUUACUUCCUCGUUCCUGAAACCAAGGGUCUUACUCUUGAACAAGUUGACAGAAUGAUGGAUGAAGUCUCUCCCAGAAAGUCUGCUAGCUGGAAGCCCACCACCACCUAUGCUGGUGAACUCCACCGUAUGGAUGCUGAGAAGUUGGACAAGGAGGAAGCUAUCUAAAAAACUCAUCUUCCUGAAUUCCAAUCUUUAUCAUGAUCUUGUCACCAUGAAAUUAUUUGAAAUAAUUAUCAUACGCAAACCCAUAAUUACUUAUUUGACAUUCUAACCAGUUAAUAUAGUCCUGGAUAAACUUAUAUAAAACCAUUCUUUAUAAAUGUAAUAAUAUCAGGCUUUUUUUUAUGGAAUAAGAAUUACUAUUUUCCCCCACCCACCCAAACUCAUUUUUCACUUUUCGCAAUGUUUUGAUCUGAUGCGAUGCGAUGCGGCCGCU